AUGAUAUACGAUGAUUCUCGUUCCAAGGAGGACCGGAGCAGCGAGGUGAGUGAGGCACUUCCAACUCUUUCCUUCUCGCGACUCCAGCAUUCCCGGAAUAUGUCCGCGUCGCUGCUGGAUAAUUUCAUGCAGCUGCAGCGAAAAAUCGUCGAUCCUCAGGAUGUUUAUGAUCAAGCAAACGGCUGCCGCGGCAUGCUACUCAUGAUCGAGGCGCUUUUUCUCGACGGCAAAUUGAGUUUGGAAGCCCGAGAUUAUUUAAACAUACAGUACACAACCCUCCUGAACACACUUUGGAUGGGCGACUUGGGGAAAAAGUACGAUGAUUUGAUGUCGGUCGAAUCAUCAUCCGGAGUCGUCACUUCGGAUCAAAUGAAGGGUCCCAAGCCUCUCCCCGUGCAGAUAUCACCGAUCAUCACAGAGGAGGCUAUACAGCACACGCUUGAGUUUGCUCUGAGUCUGAAGGAUCGCCCGAAAGUUCCGGAGUCCGCACAGCCCAGCGCAAGGGGCGGCGACCAAGAGCCUGCGCAGGUUGGCGGCAACCGUCAGGCUUCGUCACGGGAGAGGCGCGAGAAGAAAAUACCGACGUCUGAUCAAGUGUUCUGUUCCGCGAAAUCAAUGCACGCGGCUGAGAACCCGGAGCUGUAUAAGAAACCCUUCGAUGACCUGAAGCAGAAUCCAGAGAUCGAGGCAAUCGGUUUGGACGUUGCGAAACGAGUGCUAAUCGAAAUGAUGACAGAGCAUCCCGAGACAUCUUGGGACGAAAUCGCUGGUCUUCAGUACGCCAAAAAUGCUGUGCGCGAAAUGAUUGUCUGGCCGCUACUCCGACCGGAUAUUUUCACUGGGGCCCGGGAACCUCCCAAGGGAAUGCUGCUCUUCGGACCCCCGGGCACGGGAAAAACGCUCAUCGGGAAAUGCAUCGCCGCCGAAGCUAAGGCUACUUUCUUCAGUGUAUCCGCGUCGACGCUCGUCUCCAAAUUCAUCGGCGAAUCGAAUCUGCUUGUCAGAGCGCUUUUCGCGGUCGCUCGUGUCAAACAACCCUCGGUCAUCUUCCUCGAUGAAUUGGAUUCUCUGCUUUCGGCCCGUGGAGCUCAGGACCACAAGCACGACCGUCAGCUCAUAACCGAACUCUUCGUCCAGUUAGAUGGCGCGAAAACCUACAAGAACAAUCGUGUCAUCUUCAUCGGAGCCACGAACAGGCCUUUCGAUUUGGACGACGCCGCGAGACGUCGACUCGUGAAAAGGUUAUACAUCGCCCUCCCGGACCAAGAGGCUCGAGCGAUCAUCAUAGGAAAUUUGUUCAAAGACACGAAGCACGUCCUAAGCCAGGAUCAGCUGGAUGAGCUCGCUCGGAGGACCAAAGGGUACUCGGGGGCCGACAUGGCAAACCUCUGUAAGGAAGCCGCCUUGGCACCGAUCCGAGACUUUGCGGGGGAGCUCAACGAAUUGAAACUCGACGAGAUAAGGGCGGUAACUUUUGAAGAUAUGGUAGGCGCUCUCGACAUCGUGAAAGCGUCGGUCUCCGAAGGAGACCUGCAAGCAUACGCUGAUUGGAACAAGCAGUUCGGUUGCUGUAGCGGUCCGGCUGAGUAGAAUCCUCCAGAGCAACCUUCACUUUCGCAUCCACCUGUACAGCCGGUUUGCGAUGCGCGAACGUUGAGUUGUCUGGAACGAUUCGGCCCACUGAUUUUCCUGCUCCAUCCUCCCCGAAAUCGAACCUCUCCAAUCGAUCUCUAUUGUCGUAUCUGCGCAUGGUCGAGACGACAAGGUAAAAUACCGGCCCGGUGAGCGAUGUUCAAAGAAUUCAAAGUGGUCAUGACCAGCGCAAAAGUCACAAUCUCAAAGGAUGGUUUUAUUUGAAAGAAAUUAAAGCAACACCCU